AUGGAGUCUGUCGGCGGACGUUUUCACUGUGAGUGGGAGCGAGGUGCUCUCAUCGGCAAAGGUGCUUUCGGCUCUGCUUUCUUCGCUCAUCCCAAGCCUUCAUCGUCAUCGUCUCGCCUUCUUCCUCCUGUGUUCGUCAAAUCUGCUGAGAUUUUGUCUUCUGCGACACUAGAGAACGAUCAUGAAGACAAGAAGGAAGAGAAGCAUGUUGAUGAGGAUGGCUUUGACAGGACUGAGGAAGAAGAAGAAAAGGUUGAGAAUGGUUGUGAAGAAGAACUGGAUGGCGAGAAUCAAAAAGUGGCCGAGAUUGGCUGCCGAGUAGAAGAAGUCCCUGAGGAAUUAGAAGAGGCUGAGAAUGGCUGUGAAGAAGAAGAAGAAGAAGAGGAUCCUGAGGAAGAAGAGCUCUUUGAUAGUGAGGAAGAAGAAGAAGAGAUUGAGAAUGGCUGUGAAGAAGAGCCUGAGAAUGGCAGAUUCUUUGACUUUAGGGCUGAAUGUUCAGAUUCCCUAUUUGGUAGUGAGGAAGAAGAAGAGAUUGAGAAUGGCUGUGAAGAAGAACUAGAUAGCGAGAAUCAAAAAGUGCACAAGAUUGGCUGCGAAAUAGAAGAAGAUCCUGAGGAAUUAGAAGAGGCUGAGAAUGGCUAUGAAGAAGAAGAAGAAGAAGAAGAAGAAGAAGAGAAUCCUGAGGAAGAAGAGUUCUUUGGUAGUGAGGAAGAGGAGGAAGAAGAAGAAAUUGAGAAAGGCUGUGAAGAACCUGAGGAAGAAGAGCAUGAGAAUGGAAGAUUCUUCGACUUUCGGGCUGAAUGUUCAUAUUCCCUAUUUGGUAGUGAGGAAGAAGAAGAGAUUGAGAAUGGUUGUGAAGAAGAACUGCAUAACGAGAAUCAAAAAGUGGCGGAGAAUGGCUGCGAAGUAGAAGAAGAAGAUCCUGAGGAAGAAGUCGGUUCAUCUUAUAUGUUUGAGGAUGAUUGGAGUUUUAUUCCCAAGGAGGAAUCAAUGUUGGUGCCACGUUCAUUGUCCAAGAAUGACAUGACACUUCCUGCCAGCAAGAGAAGAAAGAUUUUGUCACUUGAAUCCUAUUACUGGUGA